UGCUCUCGCGACAGGCGAGACUUGAGGUUCGUUUGGCGUAGCGGCCCUCGGAGCGCUGUUUGGCUCGAACCGGAUCGCUCGUGCCGAGAAGGACGCAUCGACGAGGCCCGGUGAGUCGGGAAAGGGCCUUGUGUGGGGGCAAGGGAACGUGCGGCGGCCCGUGGCCUCAUAGGCGACGCUGACGCUGUAGGCAUGUUUCUGACUCGAGUACUGUUUCGAAACAGAAUUCCUGGAAAACAAUGGAUUGGUAAACACAGACGGCCAAGAUUCGUUACUCAUUUAAUGAAAGCAAAUAUGAUUAGGAGACUUGAAAUUGAAGCUGAAAAUCAUUAUUGGCUAAGUUGUCCAUAUAUGACAGAAGAGCAGGAGUAUCGCCAUGAUGAAGAAAAUGUACUUGCGUUAAGGCAGCAAAGAAUAGCUGAAGAUAGAGCAAAGUUUCCUGAACACAAGUAUGCUUCAGAAUAUCUGAAACACCUUAACGUGACCAAGAAAUGGGCAGAUUCCUGAUGUAUGUCCUUUGCCAUUCUAAUAGAUUUUGUGGAUUCAGUGGGCCUGCUUUUAGUGGCAAUGAAACAAUGCACCAAGUCAAUAAAUAAAUAUAUUAUUCUUGUUUUCAAUCA